UUGAUGCUGUUAAACGGCUUAACAGAUCAUUUUUGGGGAUUAACUUGCAAUAUAUUGUUGAUGAUUAUAUUAAGCUUAAGACUCUUGCGUUAAUCGAACUAUCUGAAUCGCAUACAGGUGUAUAUUUGAAAGACACAAUUUUAAAUGUUUUGAGGAUGUACAAAAUUGAACCAGAUCAAGUUUACACUAUAACGUCUGACAAUGGAGCCAAUAUGCUUAAAGCUAUAAAUUUAAUUGAAAAAGAAAUUUUAGAAUUGCAGUCACAAGACUUAAAUGAUGAAUCAGAUAAUGUAGUUAAUGUGGUUGAAUCAGAUUCUUCAGAUAAUUACAGUACUGAUAACAGUGUAAGACGGACCAAAUCAAUAGAAUGAUCGAUCUUGGUGAAGAACAAAUCGUUGAUCUGCUUGAAGAAAAUCUAGAUAGUAAUGCCACUGAUAAAGAUUAUGAAAAGACUGAAGAUAUAUUGACUGAUAUUCAAUCCUGUCAAAGUCUUGGCGAUUCUUCAAUAUUAACUGGUAAAAUUGAUUUAUUUUGGUCUUAAAAAAAAAUUUUGGUAUUAAAAAUUAACAUAGGUACAAUCUUCUGCGUUCAUAGAUCAUACUUUCCUCAUAACAAAUUUCAUUAUUUUUAUAGUAAG